AUGGUCAUUGGAAGAUCAAAGAGACAGGUGUUUGGUUAUAUAAAAGAGAAAGUAGUGAGCAGAAUGAGGGGAUGGAAGGAGAAGGUUCUGAGUCAAACUGGGAAAGAAAUUAUGUUGAAGUCAAUUAUUUUGGCACUCCCUACCUAUGCAAUGAGCUGCUGUAAAUUGCCUAAGUCUUUAUGUAUGGAUUUAUGUAGACAAAUGGCAAAGUUCAGGUGGGGGGAUAGUGAGGAGGCAAAAAGAAUUCAUUGGAUUAGCUGGGAUAAGUUGUCUGAAGUGAAAGGGAAGGGAGGUCUGGGAUUCAGGGAUCUUCAGUGCUUUAACAAGGCUACGCUAGCUAAACAGCUUUGGAGAGUGUUGACAAAUCCAAGUCUUCUAGUUAGAAGGGUUCUUAAGAAUAGAUAUUUCAAAGGAACUUCUAUCUGGGAGACAAAGGAAAGAGGUGGACAUUCUUGGAUAUGGAAAAGUAUACUUAGUGCUGGGGACUUGCUAGAAAAAGGAGCAAGGAAGAGAGUUGGUGACGGUAGCACUAUUAACAUUUGGAAGGACAAAUGGAUAAUGAAUAGUACGAAUGGAAUGGUGCAAUCCAGGAAACCAGAAGGAUGCCAGAUAUCAAGGGUGCAGGGAUUGAUCAGCAAUGGCAGAUGGAGAAAGGAUUUGAUGCAAACAUUGUUUAGUGCAGAAGAUUGUACUAGGAUAGGGAGUAUCCCAUUGAGUUCAUGUGGAAGCAAGGAUAGACUAAUUUGGCCAAGGUCCAGUUCUAGAUAG